AUGAACAUUUCCAUUCAUUAUGCGAUGAAUUACUUGAAGAAAAAAUUAAAACUAAGCCAAAAGCCAAAGCAUGAAGACGAUGACGAUUACGACAAUUACAUACCACCCGUACCGCCGCAUCCAUCAACUCUAGUCGCUGGUCAGGUGCCGCCACCUCUGCCACCACCGCCUCUGUCAACCACAUUAGGCUCCAGUGUUAUCACACAAUCCAAUGGCGAUCCGUCGCAACCACUGCCGGCGCCCGCAGUGACCGACGAACCGCCCAUCAGUUCCGAAGAGCUCUUCAAACAACUGAAGGAAAAGGAGUUCAUUAGACGACAGGAAGAGAAGGCUUUGAUCGCCGCACAGGAAAAGGAUAAACAGAAUCGCGAGGACUGGAAGUUCUUCUUGAAUUUGACCGCAAAAGUCGAAGACAUCACUAAUAAAACUCAAAGUGCUUUAGAGAAACUGAAAGACACGUCGGCUGUCGAUGACAUUGUCAACCAAGUGGACGAGGGUUUGGAUUACGUGCCCGAACCCGAUAUUGUUGUUGUGAAAAGCGCCGGCAGUUGGGUUGCCUUCACCGAAGACGGUCAGCCACCCCAACCACUUGGCAAUAAUCUUGAAGUGUUUGGUUGGAUUCGGCACACCGAAGACAGGGAAACAAAGCCAUCGAAAACUCCUCAACAGAUAACCGAAGAAUCGCUGAAGAAAGUGGCCGAAGAGGCCGUCCCGGAGACCAUACACUUGGAGUCGUCCCAACUAUUAGACGACUUUGGGUUCAAUAAGGAACCGGAAGUAAUACCCGUCGCCUAUCAACCCGUGCUCUUCGAAGAGGAGGACUAUUUGGACGAUCCGUUUGACACAUCAUUCGUGAACGUGUCGACAGUCGCCCCGAAAGCGGCCGCCGAACUCAUACUA